AUGACAUCAUACCGGGAACAUUGCCAAAUGAUGGAGCACAUUUCUUCCUCCUUAUUUCUCCGAUGUACUAUACUAUUUGAGCUGGUCUCUAGUCUUAUUGCUGUCCCAUUGGUUAUUUUUUCUAGCUUCUACAUUUGGAAGUCACAAACAUCUAAACUAUUUCAUUUUAAUGUGAUUAUCAUAUUCCAACUUCAUCUGUUUGGUUUUUUUCUGCAUUCUUUGAAUAGAAUAUUCCUUCAUUCCACUGAUCUCUACAGCUAUACCAUGCUUGACUAUUGUAACAUGCCAGCAAAAACAAUGCGAUGUUUUGUCUUCCGUGUUCAAUAUGGAUUUGGCCUAUGGUUGGUUGGCGCAACUACAGUAGCCCUUGCCAUUGAACGAUACGUCGCUACAGUCCGCUCUUCAAAAUAUGAACAUUCUAGUUGUUUCCUAGGAUUAUGUAUGGCAAUUUUACAAUUAUCAAUUGCCGCAGUAGCAAACUACUAUUCUUUUUUAAGUUUCCCAUUUUCACAACCUGUUAUGAAUUACUGUACUGCAGUAAAACCUGGUUUUGUUACCAAUAUUGAGAAAGCAUUUAUUGGCUGCUUAAUUAUUCAAAUAGGUGGAAGAAUUAUUUUUCACUUUUUGUUUAAAUUGAAUGAGGAGCUGAGGGCUAAGGGAUUGACCGCAACACUUUCAAACCGAUUUUCUCUAGAACAAAAUUUGAAAUCAAUGAAGACACUAAAACUAUUCGCAAAUAUGCAAUCGGUUUUUGUUGUCAUACAUAUUGUAUUUUUUCUGGUCAUUAUGCAGUUUGGGGAACAAAUGAGUACCUCCACCUAUGUCGCGUUCAUCGAAUUGAGCGGAUCUUAUCCAUUAUAUGCAGUGAUCUCCAUGGUGAUACUCUUCAAAAGAGCAAAGGAGAAUAAGGUGAAGAUCAAAAAAACAUUGCAAAGCCACGUGAAUGCGGACCAAAGUAUAUACUUUGAAAAUUUCAAAAAAUCUUGGAAUUAA